CUCUCUCUCUCUUUCCUUCCCACCCCUCCGGUCUUCUAUAAAUACCGUGAAUCUAUGCCACCUUCUCAGCAGCGCCGGGAAGACCCAGAAUAAAUAGACUCAUCCAUCUCACAGAGUGCUACAAGAUGAGUAGAGGUGGGAGCUUCGGGGGUGGAAAGAGCUCUCUGGGUUACCUCUUUGAAUCGGAUGAGCCGGCAAUCUCGCCCCCUGGAUCUACCAAGGCGACCGAGCCUCCAUCUGAUGAAGGUAGCAAGAGCAAAGCAGCAACCCAAGAGACUCAACCAGAAAAACCUGUCUCCAACAACUACCACAGAGCGCAAGGCCAGAACUCAGGGAACUUCAUCACUGGUCGGCCCUCCACCAAGGUCCUCUCAGCUCCUGGUGGAAGCUCGUCUCUUGGCUACCUGUUUGGGGAUAAAUGACCUGUGGUUUGGAGUGGCUUCAUUAGUGGUCUGAAAUAAGGGCAUCGUGAGCCCGGCUGUGAGUGGAUUUUAUGAAGGUUAUGAUGUCAAGACUAUAAUAGCUAGGUGACAGGUUCUCUCUUUCAAGGAGGAUUACAUGGUUGUGAGUCUCCUUACGCUGCUGAAGAUGGUGAGAACUAGGAGAUGUUUAUAGCUUUUAUUUCUUUUCUGGAAAAAUCCAUCCAUUGCGGAUGAGGUUUGGCGGACACCUAGUUGUAUACUACUAUUACCUGAGUCUAAUAGCUGUGUGCAGCUUUGAGUAGUAUUUGAAGUUUGGUACUGCUGUUUGUAUAGUUUGCUCUACAUAUUAAUUUACUAGAUCUCUUAAUUUG